AUGAGUUUGCAUCUAUUAUUGUUUCAGCUUUGCUUGCGGAAAGUCUCCAAAGGCCUGGGCCAACUUGAAGCCUACAUCGAUGCAGAAGAAGGUGUGGCUUUCCAGAUGGAUAACAACCUGAUCUGGGACUCAUUGGAUGGCCAAUACACAUGGGCCAUACAGGGUCUAAUUGAAAAGUUGGCAUCUAGCAAAUUCUGGGUCACUUGUCUGCCUAUGGGAAAGGUUAUGCUGAGAAACUGGGCAGGGAAGUAUCUCGCUGCAGUGGCUAUAGGAGAAAACCCAGUAAACUUCCCCAUCCAGCCUGUUCAGUACUCAGAAGAUCCAUCUUUGCAGUUUGAGGUCUUUUACAAGGGCAAUAGGGUAGCUUUCCAGGCCUACAAUGGGCUGUUCUUGACCAGGACAUAUAGAGGGUUCACUUCAGUUGAAGCAGCCAAGUUGGUUGCUGAUGAUUCCUGUUAUUUCCGCCCCCUGAUUGGAGACCUCCUCCCCCCAAAGUUCAAAAUACUGAGGGUGAUCACAAGCGAUCUCUCUCACAUGAUAUACCACCACUCUGUCUUGGAUAAGCAGGUCUACGCCAACCGGGGGGAAGCAGCAGUGAGGCACACUUUCGACAUGACUUGGGAGUCGACCGUUGCAGACACCGUUUUCUGGAACAGUCUGUGGGGGCUUGGUGUGGAAACUUCCUGCCACUUUACUGUUGAAGAUGCAAUGCCUCGUUUGGAGUACACGGAGAACAAUGACCGGACCGUCCUUGUGCAGAGGAAUAUUUCUCAGAGGCUCACCCAGGAGGUGCUGGUGCCCCCCCACACUGAAGUCUUGGCCAAGCUUGUUGUCCACAGAAAUUCUACGGCUACUGUGUCAUUCACAGCUGUCAUCCAAAAGGUGAAAUCAAAUGGGGAUGUGGUGAUGCUGAACAAAGGUGGGCUCUGGAAGGGUCUUGUCUACCACGGGGUCCGUCUGGAGAUCACCAAGCGGAAGCUGAGUGAGCGCAGACCUCUUGAGGAAUGCCCCCUCCUGUGA